GGUAAUGGUCUGCAUGUACGUCCUCUAUGUGCGUAAAUACACACUAUGUGGUUAGGUGAUUUUCUUCUCCCACUUCAGUAGCUAGUGACAAUUUUUUUUGUGUUAUUACAACAUGUAUACAAAUGUAAAAUAUGUAAAAUAGUUUUUAACGUAAGUUGAUGGAUUUGCUGUUGGCGUGUUCCAUGUCUCUGGUCGGGCCCUCCACAUAACAAUGGACGAAUUGAGUACGGGACUCGAUCCCGAUGAGCUCAUGGAUCUGGACGAGGCUUCGGACAUCGAUGAUGACGAUGAUGAUAACAUCAUCGAUGAUCCUUUGCCCUCGCCACUCCAGCUACCCUCAUCGGGACCUGCGUCUGCCGCCACCAGCGCAGCAUCCUCGCCGCCGACCAACGAUGAGGCGGUGAUGCCUCCAAUUUUCUCCGGGAAACCAUUGAACAUCAAGCGCGGCAGAGGCAGACCCAGAAGAGAAGGAGGUAAACCUGUACAGAGGAAAAGUACGGGUAUCAGGAUGAAGCGUUGGAAGCCACCGGGUAUGAGAGGUGGUCCCAAACGGGUGAAGAGCUUCGACAGAGGUGAUUUUGAUUUCUCUUCGAUCACGCAAUCCCCAAGCGACGAGAUGAUCCUGGAUCCGGAAACCGGGAGCUUUUUCAUGGCUGAAAGAGAGAAACCGAUGCCACCUACGCCCGAGGAACUCCCUUACGCCCCAGAGGCUUGGCCCGGUAAAGUGUGCGGAUUCUGUAAUUUGGGUGAAAGGAGUCAGUUAGGACAAGGGGAGAUGCUUCGUCUGAUGUGUCAGAAAGGUUUCACACCGAAACGCGUUGUAGCCGAUCAGCAGCAGCCAUCCUCGAUACCAGCAAUUGGGCAAAUGCCCGAUGGUCUCAUCGGUGAUAAAAGCCCCCGAGGACCUGUGACGUGUCGGAGACAGAAGAGCUUUAACAAAUGCAGGAAUCCAUCAAUGACAUGCGAGUACGUGGACGAAUUGACCAUUAUUGGAUUUGUUGAAGAACCUGAUGUCCAAAAUCUCUUCGAGUCAACAAGCUACUUUUACGUGCACAGAAGUUGCGCCUAUUGGUCUAAUAGUGUCAUCAAAACAGAAAACAUGGGUUUAGAUAACGUCGGGCCCGCUUUGCUUCUCAGCUCCAAUAGGAAAUGUUCGCAUUGCAACCAUUACGGUGCUAGCGUUACGUGCAAAAUUGACGGUUGCAGCAAGAUUUACCAUUACCCUUGCGCCACAGCUUCUGGAGCAUUCCAGGAGUUGGGAUCUUGCAGCAUGUUCUGUUCUCAGCAUCUAUCCCAAGCAGCGAUUCAAUGCGAGGGUUCUGUCUGUUAUACCUGUAAGCUGAUGGGCGACAUUGCUAAUCUGAUGUACUGUUCAAUAUGCGGUGAACACUAUCAUGGCACUUGCGUUGGUCUGGCACAAUUACCUGGUGUCAGAGCUGGUUGGCAAUGUCGAAAAUGCAGAAACUGCCAGACCUGUCGAAUAACCGGGGACGAAACGAAACUUAUGACCUGCGAGCAGUGCGAUAAAGUAUACCACGCGAGUUGCCAGAGACCUAUGGUAACAUCAAUCCCAAAGUACGGUUGGAAAUGUAGAUGUUGUCGAGUAUGCGGUGAUUGCGGAUCCCGAACUCCUGGGGCUGGUCUCUCGUCACGUUGGCAUUCCCACUAUACAGUUUGUGAUUCAUGUUAUCAGCAGCGAAAUAAAGGUUUCAAUUGUCCCAUAUGCCACCGCGCUUAUAGGGCACACGCUCACAGGGAAAUGGUUCAAUGUUCCAGUUGUCGAAAAUUCGUACACGGCACGUGCGAUCCAGAAGCAGAUCUGCUAACGUUCCACAAGCAAAAGGAGGCUCAACCUGAUUAUGAAUAUGUCUGUUUAAUGUGCAAGAACCAAGGAAGACAGAUGCUCUCAAAACGAAACAGUAUUGAUGAGGAUUCAUUGUCGGCCUCACAGGAAUCUUUGUACGACGAUGUUUCCGAGUUCGAUAUUCCCUAUGGUGUCGAGGAUGGUUUUAGAUCGAUGGGUUUGGGUAAAGGUAAACCGUAUGCGUGCAAAAUAGCAAAAAAGAAAUUCGGAUAUGGUCCGGGAAUGCAGGGUAGACCAAAGGGUAUCGGUAAAGGGAUGCCUGGAAAGGUCGGUUUCAUGAAGAAGCAAAAGAUGACGGAGUUUGGCAGGAAGAGGGGAUCCAAGUACAAAAUGCGAGGUAUUUUUGGUGUCCCUGGUGUGGGUUUGCAAAGGCCGACUUCGGAUGGUGGCAAGGACGAAGAACCAGGAAUUGAAAACAGAUUGGUGUUGUGUUCUGCGAAGGAUAAAUACGUGCUAACUCAAGACAUUUGUGUGAUGUGUGGCUCUAUCGGAACGGACCAGGAGGGAUGUUUGAUUGCUUGUGUACAGUGCGGUCAAUGUUACCACCCCUAUUGCGUAAAUGUGAAAGUGACCAAAGUUAUUCUACAGAAGGGUUGGCGGUGUUUGGAUUGCACGGUCUGCGAAGGCUGCGGUUUAAGGGACGAUGAAAGUCGAUUAUUGUUGUGCGAUGAUUGUGAUAUAUCUUUUCAUAUCUACUGCAUGGAUCCGCCUUUACAUUACGUGCCUCAAGGGAACUGGAAGUGCAAAUGGUGUGCGAUUUGCCAAUCUUGUGGAGCUAAAGAUCCCGGGUUCAAUUGCAACUGGAUGAACAGUUUUUCGGAGUGCGGACCAUGCGCUUCUCAUAUAACAUGCGCCAGUUGCAUAGAACCAUAUAGCGAAGGUGAUCUGAUAAUUCAGUGCGUGCAAUGUGAACGAUGGCUCCACGGUGCAUGUGAUUCGAUAAAAACGGAAGCCGAUGCUGAAAAAUGUGCUGAAUACGGUUAUAAUUGCGUCCUCUGCAGACCUAGGGAUACUUUGCCACCUCAUUUGCAAUCGCGAGUUCACGCUGCAAAACCUCCAACACCCACCAAGAGUCCGGACAUGAAAUCCAACACGCACUAUUACUUGGAUGGUGUCUUCCUCAGCGAAUCCGGACACAACCUAAUAAAAUCUUUAAGCUCCGAACAGAACAUUCCCAGGAAGAAAAGGAAAAAGCUACCCACCGUUCACGACAAGGAGGCUGGUAUCAUGGCCACCAUCGAGUCUGUGAUCGCCGGCAGCGCUUCAGUGGAUAACUCAUUAGAAGAUGCUAAAUUGGAAUUGGUUGAUGUUAAAGAUGAGCCGCAGGAGCUCUACAAAGAGGGAAUGACGUGGACCAAAGAGGAUGGGCCUCCGCCGGAGGGUUUCACGAUAUUCACUACUGAAAGUGGUCUCACGAUAUUGCGCCGGAAGCGGCAGAGAAAUCUGCAGAAGCUCGGCAUCGGCGGGUUUGUGGUCCGGGUGCGCGGCAUCCGUGGCCAAGACAACGACGACGUCGACACGCUGCCAGGCCAAUCCGAUCCUCUAGGUCCACCGAUGAUUGCCGAGACGGGCGAUAACAAGCCCCGACGAAAACCCAUUAAGAGAAAACCAAAGAGCAAGCUGUCGGAGACGUUCCCUGCCUAUCUGCAGGAGGCGUUCUUCGGCAAGGAAUUGAUGGACUCGCAUAAAGAUUUAGCGACGUCCAGUAGCGAAGAUGAACAGAGCAACUUAGACAAGGAAAAAACGAUUCAUCUUUCGCAGGAUGAGAUUAGAGCCGUUGCGGCUGUUACUGCAAAGCAAGAGAAGAGUGUACCUUCUGAUGAACCAAGUACGAGUGGCACACAAAACAUGUUAGAAAAGCCGGGCUGUUCGAAAGAUGCUGUCGUUGUGCCCAAAGAAGAAUACGAGAGCGACACGGAAGCAGCACUGAAAGACGUUCUAAAUUUAUCCGGAGACCUGCUCGACACAGAUUUAGUUAAUACUUUUAUGAACGAAAAUGACGACGAGCUCACAAAGAAUGCUGAAAGUUUAGAGGGAUUGGCUGAUUCUAAUUUGGCCGACAAUGGUGAUAUUACCGAUAGUUUGGUCGGAGGCGGUUCAAACAAAACCAAAGAUACCAAAGAUGAAUUGAAUGACCUACUGGUUUCCGAUCCAUACGAAGAACUCUUAAAAGUUGUACUGACGGACGAAUCGCAGGAAUCUCAGGAGAGCAACAUCUUCCCGAGUAACAGUAUUUUCAGUACGUCUGUGAACACAAUGCCACAGACUGCCAUACCACAACACUCGGUUCCUCCUCCAGUGCGACCUUCGACGUUGACCACUCAGAACAAUCUGAAUUCACCAAUUAGCUUCCCUCCUCAAUCGCCUUACCAAUCAGAAUACAGCAAUAGUCCGCAGUUCAGUCCAGCAUUCUCCGAACAGCCAGCAUCGCCGUGGGUAAAUGUGAAUGAGCAGAGUGAUAUGGAUGUAUCGGCAUCUGGUAGCUCUAAUUAUAACCAGAAGUCAUCGCAGAAAAUGAAGGCGGACGAAGGUUUAGGACAAGGCGCCACGAUAUCAGCGGUCCUCUAUGCAAAUAUCAAACAUCCGGAAUGGAAGACGGAGUAUCCAGGUUGGAGCGAUCGAUAUAAGCAAAUUAUUAAGAAGUGGAGGACUCUUACCACCGAACAGAAAGCACCUUACCUACAACAGGCCAAGGAUAACAGAUCCGCUCUGCGCAUGAAGAAGCAGCAACAGAUCAACAAGGAGAGUAGUGCCAGUUCGCACAGUACCGUGAGCAAACCGGCGGUGCCCAGUCCAGUCCAACAAAGUGUUCAACCCCAGCCAGUUUCAGAGGUGUGCACCACCACCACCCAACAGUCACGGCCACUAACAACCACUACUAUUAGCUCUGUACCACCUCCACACCCGCUGCCAUCAAAAACAACCGCCUCCCUUCCCAUCAUCAUUGCAUCAUCAUCGUCGUCGUCGUCUUCAUCGUCUCCGUCGCCCGCCCCCUCGACCCCGUCCCCUAUGACACAACACCAGUUCACUGUGCACGGGCCAAUCGUGGGGCCGGGCGAUCCCUGUCACGGCCCCGCCCCCAACGUCACCGUCAAUCCCCUUUACACCGACAACACUCCUCCACCGCCACCACCACCAGCACCCCGACACCACGUUCUGACCCUAACGAACGCGGCCGACCACCAGAUCCGCGUGCUAACCCCAUCUGAGAUCAUGCGUACUCUUCCCUCCCUCUGUCAGGAAACCUGCGAGUCACCGGAUCAAGAGAAAAUUGCUCAGCAGCAAAAGACGGCGCGCGAGGCAGAAAAUGAACGACAGUGGAAGCAGUUGCAAGCCUUAAGACACCAGCAAUCGCAACAGCAGUUGAAUGUUAUUCAGGAUCACAGGUCACAAGUUACUGGCACAAUGGUCCGGGUGCAAAGGCAAUUAUCGGAAGGAAAUCCACCUCAGUUUCUGCAAGAACAAUUGCAGCAGGCACAAGCUUCUAAUCUAGAAGCACCGCAGUUACCACACACCAUUGAUAACUCGCAGUUUUCACAGCAAGCACAUCCGAACGUGCAGAGGACGCUGCAACAACAAGAUCCGUACGCUCAACAGCCUUCCACGCCGAGACCUUCGAUGGUCCCAUUGACGAGAUCCUCUUCAUUGCAAGGAUAUCAGCAAAGACCAGAUGGAAUCGAAGUUUCGCACCAGCUACGGAAUUUGUUGCAAUUCAAUAAAUUAGACGAGCAAAUUUUACCUGGAAAGGGUCAACAACGGGUGUGGCCUCCGAAUGAAACUGGUGGUCAGGAGCAGCAAGAACAGCAACAACCACAGCAGCAGCAACAAGUACAACAGCAUCCAAUUGUUCCAGCAACUACUGGAGAUGCUACAUUCAGACAUCCUCUUCCACCUGGCAUAGUCAGGCAACGACCUGCAUCUGCGGCUACAGCUACAGCAGUGGUCAGACAACCUAUGGGUUUGAGAAUGCUCGAUCCUAGAUUGCAGCAAAACAUGGAUCCAAGAACAAGAUUAUUUUUACAACAAAGAGGCGCUCUACCGACUAACAUACAAGCUCAAUUGCAGCAACAAACAAGAUUAUUUGUUCCGCAGCAGCAGCAACAACCAUCACUGCAACAACAGCAGCAACAACAACAGCAGCAGUCUAUAAGGCAGUCGUCUGCGGAAAUCGAGCAAAUCCUUCAAAGAGCAAAUGUUCCAUUUCAACAGAGGUCAACUGAUAUGCAGGGCGGACCAAGAAUGCCUUUGGGAGCGCAACAGCAGCAACGUCCUUUAAUGCAACAAGCUCUUCAGCAGCAACAGGCGCCAGUUACACCGACCGCUCAAGAUACAGGUGAACAGGAAAUCCCAGAUAACGUUACUGCCGAACUAGAGAAAUUGGAGCAAGAAGGUUCUAUGGUCGAGUUGCAAGGUGUAGGAGAUAUUCUAGGCGGAUUCGCAGAUGACGAGGAUGAACUGCUAGCGGAAAUGGGAUCUGAUUUCAAUAUAUUGGAGUAUGCCGAUCCCGAGUUAGAUGCUUUAACCGGUGGAGAGAAAACAAACAUUUUAGAUAGUUUAGAUCUUGUAGAGCCAGAACCCGAAAAGGAUGACGACAAGGACAAAAACUUGGUGGCCAAACAACAAAUGGUGGUACACAAUCCACAAGUCCAAGAGCAAAAGGUGUCGUUACCCCAGCAACAGCAACCCUUAUCCCAACCGAAUUUACAUCCUCCACCUCUGGUUGUAUCACAGACACAAGCAGUGCAACAUCAGCAGUUGCAGCAGCAGCAAUCUCAGUCAGUCCAAAACCAUCAACAAGCUGUGCCGAGUCAAAUGAUUCCGCAACAGCAGGUACACCAACAAAUGCUGCAACACGUUCAACAGGCUGCUGCAAUGGGAAGACCCAUGUUACCAGGCAAAAAACUUAUGUCGACUGAAGGUAUUAUCGGAACGGUCACAGCAAAUAACAAUAUUUCUUUAACAUUCUCACCCAACUACCACCAGAAAUUGUUGCAAAUACCUCAAAAUCAAAAAGUGACCCAGAUGCGUUUAGGUAAUAUACCUCAGAAUGUACCUAGGAUGGCAGCACCUGGUAUUUUACAUCAGCAACGCCUUCCCGUUGUCGGACCUCCUCCGCCACCGCCACCAUACUCGAGACCGCCGCCUCCUUAUCCAGGCUCCACCAAUCAAACGAUGGGACUGCAGCAGCGUCUGCCCUCACCUGGACUCAUGCGUCCGCUCCCCCAUGUGCAUCGGAGACCAACCCCCUUGCUCUUGGAGGAACAGCCGUUACUGCUCGAAGAACUCUUGGAACAAGAGAAAAGGGAACAAGAAAAGCAAAUGCAGACGCAGGUGUCAAGCAGCAGUUCAGAUGUACCAACAAACGCGAGUACUUCUAGUAUGCUCUCUGAACACGACUUCGAAAGGCUGCUUAAAACGGAUUUGAUUUCCAACGCAGGUCCUCUUUUGAGCCAAAGUCUUAAUCAAGGUGUACCUGCUCAAGGUAUUUUACCACCUCAAAGGACGACCUUCGUGCAACAGCCGGCACCUUCUGGACCUCCUCCACAGAUGGUUCAACAAUGGCAGCAGCAGAGUCCCAGGCCACAGUCGGUGCCUACGCCUCAGCCCCAGCCGCAGGAGCCUAGAAUCCCUCCGUUCAACGCGAAGUUACUUCCUGCGCCUCAACUACCGCCUGACCAAAUUGUGACUGAACAGGAUAAACAGAUUCAAGUAGCUUACGAGCAAUGGUUGAAUCAUCAAAACAACGUACUGACUGAACAAUUAAAAUAUUACGAGACCGAAGUACAAAAAUUAAGGAAAAUCAGAAAAUCGCUUAACAGUAAGCAGAGACAGCUCAGGAAGUCCGGCAAUCAACUCGGGGAGGCCGAUGCGAUCGAAUUGCAGAAAAUACAGACUGAAAACAAUAUUUUACAGAAGCAUCUUGAAACUAGUCGUAAACAGAGCCGUCAGCACGGGAUGCUAAUACAGGUCUAUAUGAAGGAUUAUCGGAACAAACAACAAGCCAAGCAGGGCAAUCAAAUGCUUGGCCACCAAUCUCCACUGGGGCCACCUGCAUCUUCACCGAUCCAUCCUCCUCAAUCUCCGAUGAUGUCACCAUCUGCAUCGCCUAUGAUGCAGCAUAGUUCGCCGAUGCACAGCCCGGCGCCAUCCGUUUCUCAUUCACCAGGUCCUGGAUCCGUCUCCAGCGUUCUGCAAAGUCCAAAUAAUCCCAUUAACCAAGUGAUGUCACCCAUGCAACCAUCGCCGCGUAUCGGAACACCUCAUUCCCAAAAUGAAGGUAGUCCUGGACCAGUGCAAUCUCCUUCGAUGCAUUUACCACCGCCAAUGCGGAUGACUUCUCCUCAACAUCGAAGGGUUGUAACUAGUCCGAUCGGAUAUUCGGGAGAUCUUAGGCCAGGUACACCGCAGGCACGGUUUGCGCGACCACCACUGGAGAGGACGCGGCUGCAAUCGCCCAGUCCGAACUUCCAGCAAAAGCCAGGCACGCCAUCGCCGUUGAACAGUCCACCACCUCAGCCAAAUCUUCAAAGGCAUUUGCAACACCAGCAGCCUUUCAUUCAGCAAGUCGUAGAUAGUAACGAGGGACUAUCCAAUUCCCAGAGGACUAUGCAGUUGAUCCAUCAAAGACAAUUUAUUCUGAGACAACAACAGAACCAAGCGCAACAACAGGGAGCCGCUAAUCAACCUCAACCCUUGACAGCUCAACAACACCAAUUAAUGGUGCAUCAGCAGCAACAAUUGGCGAAGCAACAACAGUUGGCUCAUCUUCAGGCACAACAGAGGUUGCAACAGCAGCAAAACCAGCAACAAAAUCAUCCACCGAACUCACCAAUGCCGCCACAGAGUCCGCUAAUCAAUCAGCAGCAACAGAUGAUGUCUCCUCAUUCUAUGCAUAGCCAACCUCCAUCUCCGAUGGUCAAUUUCACACCUACAUCGCCAAUGCCCCGAAGCCCUGCAAUACAUCAGUCGCAUCAACCUCCGAGUAGUCCAAUGAUACAUCAGCCACCAUCACCUAUGCCGAGAAGUCCCAUGGUCGGUUCAAAUCAAUCGCCCAUGCAGAUCAGACGACCUCCGAGUUCGAGUAGCAGCCCUGCCAUGCCUGAUCGUCCGACGAGCGUUGAAAAUCCAAGAACACUAUACAACACAUCAACGGAACUGCAAAACAUUGUGCAAGACAACGAUCAGACCGGUGGUGGAAAUCCACACAAUCCGAACAAUCCUAUUCCUUAUCCUCCGGGAUUCGGAAGGUUUGGCUACGUCAAGAUGGGGUUGCGCGGUGGUUCUCCGAUUUGGGGCUCGUAUGGUCGCGGUGCUAAACGCAUGCCCGAACAUAAAGACGACAAAUUGGCAAACACUGAACAGCAGCCCCAGCCGCAACCGAAAAUUAAAAAGGAAUCUCAUCUGAGCAAGGUGUCCAUACUGAAGAAAAAAUCUCCAGCUAAAACGGCGAUAUCCAUGUGUGUAAAUCGGAUCAGUUCCCUAGUUAGCUCGGAUUAUAACGAAUUGGAUGAUAGUUCUUCGUCUCCAUCUGGAACACCGUCUCCGAUGGCCUCGACUAGUCGUCUAAUUCAGAAAACCAUAGGAAAGAAAAUCCCGCAAGAAAUGGAACCGAAAGAACAGGUAAUUGUUGUAGAAUCUAAUCAAGGUAAACAAAUGCAAGUGGAUGAAAUUAUGGAUUACGACGAUGAUAAUGAUUCGGCAGUAGUCUCUACAGAGGUAUCAUUAAAUUCAGUAGCGCAACAGCAAGACGGCGAUGAUAUUACAGUGAUACAGACUUUCACUCAAAGCGAUUUGACGGACAGUCUAUCCAGUCCAUUAGAAUCGGAGCAAAUAUCGAAUGAUUUUCUGCUAUUUGAUAUUGCCGGAACCACACAGUACUCUGAUAAAGAUGAAGAUGACGAUGAGGUGCAAUAUGCGCAACAUAUAACAAAGCACAUAGUAGACGUGGCGAUUCAUAGCCCAACAACCAGCGAGGAAGAGCUAAUUAUGCAAGGCAAAACUAAGAAAGUGACGAGCGAUGGAUUGACUCUUAAUAUUGUACAAGGCUUAUCUGCGGAUACUUUGUUGGCUAUGGAAUCUCCGGAACCAGACGACUUGAGUGCCGAUACCACCGAAGAGGAGGAGCAUUAUGAAAGUCGUUCCCUGGUCUUACUCGAUCAGAAGAUGAGUGACGAGAAAAUCUCUACGAAGGAGGAUUUCGAAGAGCUUAUUGAUGAAGACUCGCGCAAGAUCAUCAGCGAAAUCCAUAAGUAUGCAGCUCCGCAUGUCGUCAGCACCUUUCCGCCGAAGACAACGGCAAAUCUGAUUCAGACUGUUGCAAACCUGAAAACGACUACCGCUCCUAAGAUCUCAUUAAUUACACCUUUGAUACCUAAAUAUAUACCAGGGACUACUGGUAAAAAGGACAUACUAAUAACUCACAGCAAUAGCGGUGCAAUUAUACUGCCUCUUAAAACUACUGGUCGCAACAAUAUUAUCAGCGUUCCAAAACUGGUUACUUCAGUGUCUCCGGCUAUCACUAUAGUGAGUGCAAGCACUUCGCAGAUGACUUCAAUGCUACCCUCUACUUUUACUGUGCCUGUAAUCAGUGCAAGAGCAAUUAGCAAACUACCUAACGUGAAAGUGAUUGAUAAACCAUCGACUUCGCUGUCGUUGACCGCCCACCAAGACACGUGUCUUCCAAAGAAAAUAUUUGAAGAUGAUUCUGUUUCUCCAGAUAGCUCUAACAAUGAGGACGAUAAAAAGAUUGAAUCACCUAUUGAACUGAAGAAACUGAUUAAAGGCGAUUGCAAAGAUGAUUCAAAAGAAUCGGUGGAUGAUAUCACAAAAAGUAAUUCUUCACUUCUUCCGAUGCACAAUCCUCCUGAACUCAAAAUGACAGCUCAAAUAAUUCAAGAAAACCAAGGAUUGCAAAUCGCCAGAACUGUCGAAAUGCCGUUCAUCACAACUCAAUCAAUCGAUACCAUGGAUGGCCAUUCUGGCGAUGACACUAAGUCUGUGGUAAUAUCUAUUCCAUCACCAACUCCUUCUCAGGAACAAAUGUUGGAUAAUAUUGCUUUACAGGCAUUAGAAAAUCGCAGGAGAGACGGUAAUAGUAUCUCCAGGGAAUUUGAGUCGUUUGACGAUGUACUGGACAUGAUUGAAAAUAUUCGAGACGAAUCUCCAUCGCCAAUUGCAGCCGUAUUGGAGAAUAAUAAACCUGAAGAGGUUAAGGAAGAGUUUGAACCAAUUUUAAAACCAGAACCGAAACCUGUGACAACGGCAACGAUAAUAUGUACAACAGUAAACACGACGACCACGACAGCAACUCUAGCACCUCCCAAUCGUUUAGCGGUCACGCCCCAAUUAUCACCGUUAUCACAACCCAACGAGUUAACGACGAACAUUGCAAAUGUUAGUCAACAACUAAGGAUUCUACUGUCGGAAACGAAUUGCGUCCAAACAACAACUGGAACCACGAACUCUAAUAACGACACCAUCGUUAAAAGCAUCACCAAAGAAAAAGUUAUGCCUGCUAUUUUAGCAACUUCUACUCCAAAGACGUCUACAGAGAUAAACAACAGCAUAAUUAUUAAAAAAGCUGUUGUUAAUUCACCGAAACUAGUGCAGUCACCGAUCACUCAAAGCACGACAUCCACCACUGCCAUCACGACUAUGCAAAGUUUAUUACCAAUAAAGACUACAGCUGGUAUACAAUUAAUGCCGGAUCAUCCGAAACUUCCACCGGUGACGACCGUUGCUGCUCCAACCCAAGCGACUACCACUCAGAUGAACAGAUUCCAAGUAAAAAUUACGAAUACUAUGGCUUCUUCGCAGGUGACAUCUACUACAACAACACAUCAUCAAGUUCAGAGAAAACCUUCGCUCAGUUUGAACGCUAUGUUGCAAUCGCAUCCGGCAGCGACGACCCCGCAAACAUCGCCUGGCACUAUAACUACUGCCAGCAUUUUGGGAUCAGCCAUUUCCAUCACAAAACCGUCUCUUACAUCGUUGGCUCAUGCUCACCCUAACGUGAUGUCACCAUUAACGAGUCAAACGGGGUAUAAGAUGUCUUCUUUGACACAUCAGUUGGGCAAGUUUACAAGAGGAAAUCCAACGAAUCUGUUACAUACACACCUAACUAAAUCUCCGAUGACGCAAAGAACACCACCAACUAAAAUAACUGAAGAAGAUAAGAAAGAAAUAGAAGUUAAAACGGAAUCGCAAGAGACAAUGAUGUCUACAUCUGCGGAGAAUGCUAUAACAACAUCUUCUGCUAUCAAGCAGGAACCACCCAAGUACACAAUGGCACAACCUUCGAAUAGGAUGGAGGAGUCUCAAAACGUUCUCUUAAAGCAAUUGUUACAGAAUACGGCUUGUGCGACUUCGCAAUCAUCGAGUAGUAGUAACGUUGCAACACCUACGCAAACGGCGCCCAGCCUACCAAUAGUACCUAAUCUUGAGGCUCAGUUAGCCACACCAGUACCUCCGACACCAACGUCUUUGCUUCCACCAAUUCUUCAAAACGACUCCAUAAUUACUUCAAGUACUCAGACCACCAAAAUUGUUCAACGACAACCCUUGAUGAGCCGUGAAACUAGUUUUGUUUCUAAACCCAUCCAACACUCCAGUAUCAUUAAUCAACAACAACUGCGGCAGCAGAUGCAACAAGAACAGCAUCAACUGCAACAACAACAACAGCAGCAGCAACAACAACAGCAGUUGCAGCAUCAACAACAACAGCAGCAUCAACAACAACAGCAGCAUCAACAACAACAGCAGCAUCAACAACAGCAGUUGCAGCAUCAACAACAACAGCAAUUGCAUAUAGAUGUUAAGAAAGGUUUACCUCCAAGUCGUACACCAAGUCGCGACGAUUUGCUCUCUCCAGGGACACCUCGAUCUUCCUGCAGUCAAGAUUCUAGCUUGCAGACGCCUCCCUUGAUUAUAAAGAAAGAACAUAUGCCGCAGCAAAGUCCGGUAUUAACGGCGCAAGAGGUGAAAAAGGAAUUUGUUGAUGAAUCUUCUCAGCACUCGGAAAUAUCAGAUCACAGUAAAUCCGAAACGCAAAUGAAAGAAGAAAUGGACUUUAUGGAGCACAACGAUAAGAUGAUGGAAAAGGAAGAAAUGAAGAAGUUGAAGCGACGCGCUUACCAAAAGAGCAGAAGACAAAAUCAAAAUGUUAACAAGGAAGUGCCUGGGCAACCGAAGAAAAGAUCUCGUAAGAGUUCUAAGCUAGACGAGGAUUAUGAUUCCUAUAUUGAAAGCGUAUUGGGACAGCUGCGAACUUUGCCCUCGAUGGUUGUUUCCGAACCGAUUUUAAACAAGAAUUUCGCAGUGGUUCCUAUUUUUGGGUCCGGGGAUACUACAAAAUUGGGAGUAAGAGAAUACGAUUCUCGUUGCGGAGAUCUAGUUGGUACCUACGGAAAUGCCGUGGUUCCAGGUUUUGCAGACUUUUAUAGUUCGAAGCCAUACGGUGAUGAGGAACCGUUACCUGAAAAACCUCCAGCAUCCACACAACGUGGAUUUUACGAUCAAGAAUUUCCGCUUAUCCGUUUUGAUACUGACGAGGAUAAGAAGUACGAUCUAUUCUGUAGGGAGGACUCUCCAGAUUCGAUCUUGAGUAGUUCCUCAUUGGAGUGCGACAUGUUCGAACCUCCAGUGAAAUUCCCUGGAUUGAAACUUAUUGACGAAGACGAGGACGACGAAGAGAUUUGCGCCAACAUGAGACUGUCACCGGUUGUUCCUCUUAUUGCUCCUAUUCCGAUCAGGCUGCAGCCGACAGGUCCUUACCUAAAGGAUUACGCUGAUAUGAUGAUGGAUAAGGAGAAUAUCUGCAAAGAGCAAGUCAAUCAGAAGCCAAAAUUCACAUCAGCUCCUGGAACACCACUUAAGGACUCAGGCAAUGUUACUGUGACUUUGACUCUGACAUCUUCGGCGGCUGAAGAUAUAAUGGGAGUUCUGAGAGAUUUAGCCAACAUAUUACAUAUACCAGCGCCCACCAGCUACCAGAUUGUCGAAAGAACUAGCACUCCACCUAGCCAGAAGCUGGGACUAUACAGAACCAAAGGCAAGGAUGGAAAGGAAGGUGCACCUAUCGACAUCCAAAGUAUUUUGAACGGCGCCGCGAAAUUCUGCCGACAUUGCGAUGUAGUGAUAUUAAACAACAUGAUUAGGAAAAAGGUAUCAGAGCUGCCCUUCCUAUCCAAGGAUUUGGAGUUGCUCAACGAUGGCGACGAAUUAUUUUUCUGCAGUUCAGCGUGCUACAUGCAAUUUGCGCUGAUGCAUAGAAGCCCUUCCAUAUCGCAGGACAAGGCGGCAGAAAUUAUAGAUCACCUGUGCCAAAAGGACAAGAUGGAUGACAUCCAGAAAGCAGCGAUUGAGAGACCUACUUCGUUAGUUGAGGAAGUCAGACGAAUAGAAAUGGAAAAGAUGGACGUCGAUUACGACCUGAAGAGUUGCAUCAAAAGCGAGAAAAUGCAGGUGGAUGAGGUGAAACAAGAAACGUCCACGAAGUGGCGAAACAUCAAGUAUAAGGCGUAUGCUCAGGGCUGUCUGCAACCUCCUAACAAAUACAAGAAAUUAAGCGAUAAAGAGAUCAUGGAGUUGAUGUACAGGCUACGAGUAACGGUAUUGCCAUCGAAGAUUCCGGAUGAUACGAGGAAAUGCAUGUUCUGUCAUAACAUAAGUGAUAGUGUUGCGGAUGGACCUGCAAGACUUUUGAACAUCGAUGUAGAUAAGUGGGUGCAUUUGAACUGCGCCCUAUGGUCAGAUGGAGUUUACGAGACGGUGAACGGUGCUCUGAUGAAUCUGUCUAACGCCAUCCAGCAAAGUUUGGUGUCCACUUGUGCCCUAUGCAACAAAUCUGGAGCUACGAUUCGUUGCUUCAAGACGCGCUGCUCUAAUAUCUAUCAUUUACCGUGCGCCGUCAAGGAUAAAUGCGUUUUCUACAAGAAUAAGACCACUUUUUGCAGUAGCCACAUACAGAAAGGAGAGAAGGAUAAUGAGCUUACAACGUUAUCAGUGAGCAGAAGGGUUUACGUGGAUCGAGAUGAGAACAGACAGGUGGCUGCUGUCAUGCAUCACUCGGAUCAGAAUAAUCUUCUUAGGGUGGGAUCGCUCAUAUUCUUGAACGUGGGGCAACUUCUGCCACAUCAGUUGACCAAUUUCCAUACUUCCAAUUAUAUCUACCCCAUCGGCUACAAGAUCAUCCGUUUCUAUUGGAGCAUGAGGCGGCUAAACAAGAGGUGCCGGUACGUUUGUUCCAUCCACGAGGUGGGCGGACGGCCCGAGUUUCGGAUAGUCGUCCAGGAGUCGGAGGAGGACGAUUUGGAGCUGCGCGACGUCAGCUGCAAGCUGGUCUGGAUGAAAGUCCUUGAACCUUUAGCCACCAUGCGCCGGGAAAAUCAAUGCGUGCAAAUUUUCCCGCAGUUCGUUUCUGGCGAGGAUCUGUUCGGUCUGACGGAGCCGGCGGUGGUGCGAGUGCUGGAGAGUUUGCCGGGAAUCGAAACAUUGGCAGACUACAAGUUCAAGUACGGACGGAAUCCGUUGCUGGAACUGCCUCUGGCCAUCAACCCGAGCGGGGCUGCCAGGACGGAACCCAAACUGAAGAACCAGCUACACUGGAAGCGGCCGCACACCCAGCGGACCGGCAGCUCCGCCCGUCCCGUGUUUGCGCCCGCCAACAAUGCAGCACCAUCGGGCGAAGCUGCAUGUCCCUACAGCAAACAGUUCGUACACUCCAAGAGCUCGCAGUAUAAGAAGAUGAAGCAGGAAUGGAGGAACAAUGUUUUCCUAGCGAGAUCUAAAAUCCAGGGUUUGGGAUUAUGCGCGGCUAGGGAUUUGGAGAAGCAUACCAUGGUCAUCGAGUAUAUCGGAGAGAUUAUCAGGACUGAAUUGGCCGAAACCAGGGAGAAGAAAUACGAAGCAAAGAAUCGGGGAAUUUACAUGUUUCGAUUAGAUGAGGAACGUGUGGUCGACGCAACUUUGUGUGGAGGCCUUGCCAGGUAUAUCAAUCAUUCCUGCAAUCCGAAUUGCGUGGCCGAAAUCGUCGAAGUCGACAGAGAUUUGAGAAUCAUAAUUUUCGCAAAGAGACGUAUUCAAAGAGGCGAAGAGUUAUCGUACGAUUACAAAUUUGAUAUUGAGGAUGACCAGCACAAGAUAUCGUGCAUGUGCGGAGCUCCCAACUGCAAGAAGUGGAUGAAUUAAGGAUUAUAAAAGAUGAUGAUGAUUCGACGCAAAAUGUACAGCAACGCGAAGAACAAUUAUUUUCAUGUGAAAUGAGACUGUUCAUAGUGCCAUUUAUUACUUUAUUAGUACGACGGAGAAGCCCGAAGAAGAGGAGACAGAAGACCGAGAAGAUAGAACUUUCAAAAUUAUAAUAAUAAUGAAACAUUCCAAUUUAUUGAUAAUUUUAUACUGGAUGAAAAUAUAAUAGAUUUAUAUUAUUAUAUACAUAUAAAUAUUUUAGUGUUCCCCAUGGGAGGAGACGGAAAUGUAAUAUGUAGAUGGAAUGAAGAAAUAACAAGAGGGUGUUUGAUGAUGAUGAGGAGGAGGAGGAUAUGCGGGAACCGUGGCUUAGGGUAGGGACCAAAAAUUUAAACAAAGAAAAAUGAUAAUAUUUAAGUUAAUAAGAGUAAAAGGAAAAAACAAAACGCAAGAAAAAAGACGAGCGAUGUUAAACGAAAAAAAAACAAACAAACAAAAAAAGAGGAGAAAGAGAACGUAAUUAUUAUAUAUAUAUU